AAUCUGAAUACCCAAAUGCUCGGAGCUACACUCUGCUCGGUGCCACCGUCUUCAACCUCUCUGGUCUAUUUGCUUGAAUACUCAUCUUUCUUCGCCAUGAAUGUCUAUUACAGCUUCUCUCUCCGUCGCCUUCGUAGACUGCAUUCUCCACCACCUUAUAUCACCGCAGCCACUUCCUUCUCCACGACCGCCGCCGCCGGCUACUUUGAUUCCACUCUUAUCAAAUCCUACACCGUGACACCGCCAAUCAAACCCUGGCCUCAGCGCCUCUACCCCAAGCGUCUCGUUUCAAUGAUCACCCGUCAACAAAAGCUCGACCUUGCCUUCCAAAUUUUCGACUACGCGGGCAAAUAUCAUCCUGGGUUUUCCCACAACUAUGAUACAUAUCACGCCAUCAUUCAGAGACUCUCCCGGGCACGUGAAUUCGAUCAAGUCGAAGAACUUCUCUCUCAGUUGCAGCGCUCUGGAAUAAAAUGCGGCGAGCAAUUGUUCAUAAAUUUGACUCGGAGUUAUGGGCUUGCAGGUAAGCCCAAACUGGCCGUUAGAACCUUCUUGCAGAUAGAAGCAUUCGGGAUUAAUCGAUCGGUGAGAUCGCUGAACACUUUGCUUAAUGCUUUGGUCCAGAAUAAACGAUACGAUUGGGUUCACUUGAUGUUUAGAAACUGUAAAACGAAGUUUGGUGUUAUACCUAAUGUCUUUACCUGUAACAUUUUGAUUAAAGCUCUUUGCAAGAAAAAUGACGUUGAGGGUGCGAUUAAGGUUAUGGAUGAGAUGCCAGUAAUGGGUAUGAUUCCAAAUGUGGUGACUUAUACUACAAUUUUAGGUGGGUAUGUUUCUAGAGGUGAUAUGAAUGGUGCUAAGAGGGUUUUUGGUGAAAUUUUUGAUAGAGGGUGGUUACCUGAUGCUACUACUUACACAAUUUUGAUAGAUGGAUUUUGUAAGCAAGGGCGUUUGAUCGAUGCAAUUAAGGUAAUGGAUGAUAUGGAAGAGAAUGGGGUUGAACCAAAUGAUGUCACUUAUGGGGUUAUGAUUGAGGCUUACUGCAAGGGCAAGAAAUCCGGGGAAGCUUUUAACUUGCUUGAUGAUAUGCUUGACAAAAAAUAUAUACCAAGUUCAUCAUUGUGUUGUAAGGUCAUAGAUUUGUUGUGCCAGGAAGGAAAUGUUGAAAAAGCUGUUGAGCUGUGGAGGAGGCUUUUGAAGAAGAAUUGUACUCCUGACAAUGCUGUAUCUAGUACUCUGAUACAUUGGCUUUGUAAAAAAGGAAAUAUAUGGGAAGCAAAGAAAAUGUUUGAUGAAUUGGAGAGAGGUUCUAUUCCCAGUCUCUUGACUUAUAACAUGCUAAUUGCUGGAAUGUGUGAGACAGGGGAACUUUGUGAGGCUGCUAGGUUAUGGGAUGACAUGGUGGAAAAGGGGUGUGUUCCUAAUGCUUUUACAUAUAACAUGCUGAUUAAAGGAUUUUGUAAAGUUGAUAAUGCAAAGGGGGGUAUCAAAAUUCUGGAGGAGAUGUUAGAAAAAGGCUGUUCACCUAACAAAACAACUUACUCAAUGUUGAUUGAAGGGCUUUCUGUUUCAGGAAUGGAGGAUGAAAUAAAAAGGGUAGUUGCAAUGGCUUCAUCCUUCGGAAUUGAUAGUGAUACGCAGGAUCUUUUCUUAAGUAAGGUCAAUGAAGCUAGACGUGAUAAAAAUUUAGCUGCAAAAGUCUCAUAAACUGCAGAGUAAAAUGUGUCAAUGUUGUGAAAUGCAGACUGCAUGAACUUGUAAUUGGUGGAAGAUGACAUGUAACAGUCAAGGUGUUUCGUAUAAUGUGGUGGUAUUCUCAGAGCUUGUGUCUGCUAUAUAUGUGACAAAAUACAGUCCAGUUUUAACUUGAGAGCUUUAAGGAGUUGCAGAAAAAUUGUUGUUGCAGGGUUUGAUCUUUGAGUGAUCUAAUUACAGCAGCAUACCAUUUAGCAACAUGUCACAGCUUAAUCUGCUAAGUUGAAGCUCUGUUUGUACUACAUUGUACCUGGGACAUUUAUUUGCCAAUUCAAGUAUCUUGUCCUACAGCUUAGGGCGGGCUGUAAAUAACUAUCCUGGGUGUCUCCGUUGCUGAAACAGACCUUGAGAACCAAUAUUUGCAGGUUUCUCUUGUUCUCUGCUGAUGGCAGUGCGUGAAUUCUAUCAACAAAGACAUACGGUGAACUUCUAGUAUUGCUUUAACUUGUUGCUACGCUAGGAUGGCAUAGACAGGUUACUCAAUCAAUUGUUCAAGAAUUGUUGAAGGCUGCUUGUGGCACUAUCAGUAGUCCAUGUUGUGGAGGUCAGAUGAAGCUGUAGUAAAUAAUGCAAUCAAAGUUGUAUGGAGAAAACACGACUCAGACUAUGGAUGGUUUUCUCUGAAUUUGGAUACUCACAAACCCUUUUUGAACUCGGAAAUUCAGUUAAAUUGAACUUUAUUUGGUCAAAUCAUGCCAUGAAACCCUGUUGACCCAAUUUAGGUAUAAGCAGUUCUUGUCUAUUUAUUGUUCUCCACGGACGUGAUACUUGAUGAUAAAUAUUCAGCAUUUCUGCUUUGAAUGACAACGCUAAUGGGACCGAUGCCUGAGUGCCAUCUGGUGCUGCAUGUGGCAAAACUUUUUGCAACUAGUGUGAAAGUUAUAUUUCCUCCAUCUGUUGGAAGAAAAGAAUGCUUACCCGUUGCCUUGAUCAUAAAAUGGAGAAAGUAAGGUGUGAUGAAAUUCUUGGGGUGUAUGUUGAAUACACCCCACCAUUAGCUUUAUGGAAAAGAAUAAUGCAGGGAAUGUUUCUUCAGCAUCAUGGCAGGUCUUGCUCUCAAAACCAAGGUUCUAAGAGAAGGAAUGUGGAGAGAACAGGGUGCUGUAUUGUCGGUGCCAGGAGCACUAAACAUUAACCAGUUAAAUAUUUGAUCAAGAUAACCUUGAAUUGGUGUAAUUUUAAUCUAUUAUUUGAGCAUAUUGUCACUUUUCUGUAAAUCAGUCUUGUAGCAUUCACCAAAUCUGUUCUUAGAUUUUUUUUUUUUUGUGAAUA